AUGGAACUGGAUGAGAGAUUGAGAUGGAUUGAAAUCCGCGUGACGUCAUCUCUAAAACCCAGGGCAGAAGAACUCAAGCAUCUGUUCACCAAUGAAAAAAGCAGGUGAGGACUAGAGGAGUAAUAUAUAAAUUUAGCCAAGGCUAAAAGUGAAGAUUUUGAGUGAUCUUUUAAGAAAUGUCUUUCUCAAGUAAUUCAACUUUUGCUGUAAAGUUGCAGUGCAAUUGAUUUGGACGUUUAUAAACUGACCGAGAGUUGGGGUGAGUCAAAAAUGAUUCCAAGGCAGAGGAUGAUGCGUGAAAAUAGGGGAGGGAGAGGGGGAGGGGAGGAAAAAUUACCCUUGCACUCAGUCAUUGUUUGUUUGCCAAACACUGUACUCUGGAUAGACGGGAGCUCUGAUUGGUCCGGUUUCAGAUGUUCGAUUGCUAGCUUCCAAUCAGCAUCAUCUACUUUCUUGGCCUUCUGCACAGUGUAUUUUUUAAUACCCUGAUUCAUGCAGAUUUUGAAAAUUUUCAUUCUGUGGUGGAGGAAGCUUUUUCGGUUCUUAGGGUUAUGCAUAUUGCUUAUCGAUUGAACAAAAGCAAGCAGUUAUUACUCUAGACAAGAUGAGAUUUAUUGGCCUCGUCUUUCCUUUUUUGGUUUGACUCAAGGAAAUCUUGAAGCAUAAACUUUGUUUGACUUCUGAAAAGUUAUUUGUAUGGUCGGUUGUCAGAAGCCUUUCUGAGUUGACCACGACUGCAAUUGAAACCUUUAGGUCCGAAACUGCAGUCUUGCUUUAUGAUGUAAACAAAAACACUAGUAGAUGUAGUCAACAGAGCCAACGGAAGAACAACGGGAUAUGACACUCCAGUCAAAAGAUUUACUCAUCUCAAGAAAAACAGUCGAUUGUGUGCCUAAAGAAUGAUUUUGACUGCCGACUUGCAGUGCAAUUCUCCAUAGUUAUAAGUUGCUGUAGCUUCAGUUUAAGCUACAAUUCAGAUCUGUAGAUCACUAUCCAUGAGAAUUCAACAUCUUGCAAACAACCCUAAAGAGCUUAGCGUAGCGCAAAACAAAGCAGGGAAUUGUCACCUUCACUGACCAUAAAGCUACACUACAAGCCUGUAGUUAUUCAAGUCCUGAGGCAUCGGGGAAAAAAAAAACUAUUGAAACUAAAAUUUUUAGUUGAAGGUUAAGUGUAUUUAGUCACAACAAAAAGUUUGAGGCUUUAAGAAAGGUAAAAGAAAAUAGGUGCUAAACUGCAUCAAGAUAAAAUGCUGUCAAAAAGUAAAAACACCUACACGAAACAUUAAUUACAGGAAAAAAAAUUUCAUCAAUAUGCACGGAACAGACCAGUCUCAGAUCCUCUUAAUGUUAGACUAGUGGCAAAAAUAAGAUUGGCGCAGUCAAAAUUUAAAACACUCCAUGCAUUAUAUAAUUUGCCUGCUAAAGAGAAGGAAAACCUUUAAUUCUAAAACAAGUGAACUCUUUGUUCAUGUUUGACACUAUCACGAGCUUAUGGGCCGUUUGACCUGUCAACGCUUUAUUUCCGUUAUUGUUGAAGUAAAUUUGUGGCUUCCGGAACAAUCUCUAGAUUUUUAUUGGCUCCAAAUGCAUUUCCGGAAAAGCAGUCAGCCGCAACUAAUAAAGCGGCCAGGCAUUUGGCAGUUUCAUAGCCUAUGCUGGCAGGUGUUUUUUCCUUUUUCUCCCUGCCCCUCCCCCUUGCCUCAGCUCCUCCUCCAUGUACCUCUGGGUCACAUUUUUAAAAAAGAAUGCCUGCUCUGCAGGCUACGAAUAACUUUAAAAAAUAUGUCACCUCGUCCUCAAUGAUUUGUAUACCUGAGCCUGAGAUACAAUCAUGUGACGGUGGUCAGUGGAUGCCCUUAUUUGACAGCUGUUGUUGUUGUCAGCAUAUCCAUAGAAUUGAAAGAAAAAAGCAAGGUAUUUAGCAAACAUAGUAUGUGUCAAAAAGCAUCUUAGUAAUUUUUAUUGACAGUCCCUGCUCAGUGUUGUUAUCUUAACUAUAAACUCAUCAUGAAUUCCAUUUUUUUUUUACCUAGAUAAUAGUAAACACACAUUUUACAAAUUAUUAUUAUUGAUCUGAUGAAGUUGUGUUUUGACAGUACAUGUCAAUUAAUCAUUGAUCUAUCACUAAUCUUUUUUUAUCUAGGGAGGCUAUGUUUGAGUUCUGCAACAAUGAAGAGGUGAAGAAGCUCUUUAUUUUCUUCUCCACAUCAUCUGGUGGCAAAAAUCUUGUGGCAUCACUCCAUCCACCCAAUAGUGUCCAAGAAAAGUCUGUUUACUUUGUCAAGAUUCACAAUGCUGGAAAACUCUCCAGGGACAACAUUGUUACUGAUGUUGCCUUUUGCGACAGCUCCUAUCAGCCUUUAUCUCAUGCCAGCACUUUAACAAAGGAUGUGUUUUUACCCCUGUUGAGUAUUGAAAUGGGUGGCGGCGUCAGCGCCGACAAAUUGAUGGACUUGGUGCACAGGCUUGUUUCACUUAUGCAGGUCGCUGAAGGAGGAGUGAAGGGUCAGGUCACACUACCUCUGCCAUCUAUUGAGGUGCUAUCUGAGGCUGCAGCCUAUAGCAGCAGGAGACCGGCUGUUAUUCAUGUGCUGGAAACAGCUGUGGUGAACUGGAUUAAGCAGAUCAAGGUGGUUGCAAUAAUAAAUUAAUAAUACUUACAGAACAUGAAUGGCUAGGCAAUGAAAUGAGAGACACCCCUCUACCCUCCCUAUUUCGGGGUGUUUCCUGGUGUUGUGGGAACUAUUGUUGGUUUGCUUUUGUUUUGUGGUGUGAUUAUUGUCCAGUGUUUCAGUCUUUUGUAAUAUGUUGUUUGAUGAAUGCACCUUCAUGGACAGUGUAUCCACAACACCAGAGAACUUAGCCCCAUUUUCUUACACUGUUUAGCUUUCUCUUCAUCCUAGACCCACUAGGGAGCUUGUUCAGAGGCUAUGAACAAGCUGGCAUAACCACCAAAAAGUUUGAAACAGACUCAAAAUUGUUUUAGCACAUUUGUUUUUUGUAAUGUUUUCAUGGGCGCAUUGCCUUUGAACUGGUGAUAUUAUAGGUGAAAUUUAAGGGGGCCUGUUGAUUUGUGAAAAUGGAAGGGGAAUUUAUUCAUAUCAAAUUAUGGAAUACAUGUAAUAUUUAACUUUUUUUGCUGUACUGCUUGCUGAAAGAAGAAUAACUAUUGUCAUUGAGUUGUUAUUCUCUUUGCAUUCUGAAUGAUGCAUUAUCUUGGUUUGCAGAUAACACUUAAGCUAGAUCCAGAAACUGAGAUAAAAAAAUAUGGUCCAAGGCCUGGUCCAUUAGAUGAAAUAGAGGUAAUAGUAAUAACUUUUCUUGAUAAUUCAUUAAAAAGUUCAAAAUUUUCCUUGUACAUGUAGUUAAAAUUUGGUGAGAUAAUGAUGUUGUUUUUGCAAAUCAGAUGUGGUCCGAGAGACUGGAGAAGAUCACUUCAGUUAGUGAGCAGCUGUGUUCACAGGUGGCCCUCAACAUCUUGAUGAACCUGGAGGAUGCUCAUAGUACAUAUGCGCAGUCAUUCCACCUUGUUAAAAGAGAAAUUGCCAAGGUUAGAACUUGACAAAAUGAAAAAAAUCAAUGCUAUUUACUCUGAUAGUCACUUGAAAAUAUGCUGAAAUCAUUGUAGCAUCAUCAUCAUCGUCAUCAUUAUUGUUGCUGUUUUUGUUGUUAUUUCCAGUGAUUUUAAUAUAGCUGGCAGCCGGCAAAAGUUGCCACUUUCUGGUUGUGUUUUGCCAGCUACUCUGUGGGGUUAUUUUGGAGAUUCUUUAGUUAAGGGUGGCAAAACUCGACAGCUGUUUUAGCUAUGAAGUUCGAACUGUGCGUUUUCAGAGAAAUUAAAAUCAUAAUUUGCAGUCCUAAACCCACUAAGCCCUAAGAGUGAUGGCACAAAAUUUCUCCUUGUAACACCAAUGCCUUAUAACACAGACUUGUCAUAAAAAUUAAGGACAUGAUCACGGAACAGUCGAUCUAAUAUUGAUAACUCAGCUAAUUCUCCCCAUUACUUCUUUUGGAAACCUAAGGACAACAAAUGAGGCUUUUAUUACUGAUUUUAGUGUUUGAAUGGUUAAUAUGUAGUACUUCCUGGUUAUCUUUACUGACAAUAAUAUUUUGAUGCAUCUGGUGCUUAAGGCGGAAUCAGAGACAAAUGACAAUCUGCAGUUCCUGAGCACUCUUCUUCCUUGGUUUGAGAAACUCCAUUAUGCGACAAAGUCUGCAGAGAUGGUGGUUGUGUUUCCUCCCUUGAUGCACUCUAUGUACCUUGUGUGGGUCUAUUCAAGGUUGGUGUCAAGGUCAUGCAGUCAUAUGACUUCUAAGGGUGACUAUUAUUGCGACCAUGCAAAUCAAAAUAAAAAAUUCAAUUUGCAGUUUUAUUAGCCUGAGAAAAUAGCUGACAUUUUGCUAUUCCACCACUGGUUUCCCAUGAAAUGACGUAUGAGGAAUGACAAAAGAAACUCAAUACUGUUGACCCAGAUCUGGGUACUGCGUCUGAUUGGAUGAGGCAAAUUUUUAACUAAUCAGAAGCACUACCCUUAGCUGGGAAGUGAAGUGCCAUCUGUUUGGAGUUUCUGUGGCCAUUCUAGACUUUCGAAAAGUCCUUUAUUUUGUUUUCCUGGUUAAUAAAUAAUAAGUGCCAUUUUAAAGGACUUUUCAUACCUGUUUGGCACAUAAUUCACCUGUUGAGAAUUCUACCGAUGUCAUGACCAUUGAUCAAUAGGACAGUGAGUGAUAUUUCAUGCCGCUCCCGACACAGCAUAAUAUGCAUGAAUUUAUAAUAGGAUUCAAAUCCAUUCAGGCAAAACAAGUUGACCUCAAGACUUCAUUGCUCACUUGGUCGCUGUGCGACCUCAUGUCACUAAAGCUUGCUUUGUUCACUUUUUUCUGAGAGGUCGACUUGGAACAAGUCUAAGGCCAUUCUGAAGAUGUCAUUUUGUGGGAAAACCAGUGGCAGCAUUGCACAAUGUUGGCUGUUUUCUCAGGCUACAGUUUUAUUGAUGGAAGAACAAACUUAGUCAUGCAUGCAUGUAUAAGUUUAAGCAGUUUCCAACUGAAUAGUCUCAACUUAAAUGUCCAUUCAUGUACUUAUAAAAGGUAUGAUCAUUUCGUUCACUGGGAUAAUGAGCAUUGCCGCCAGAAUAUCUGCUCAUGCAGCAGCUUUCAUUUGAAUGAUCACACAUUAAUUUUUAGGAUUUUGCUCCUCAAAAUACAUAACUUCCUUGUAGAGGUUAAUAUAAACAGCACCACAGGAAAGUACUGUGCAGUAACCCUGCCCAGUAGGGUUUCACAGCUUAGGACUUCAUCAACUCAAAAGUUGAAACUACUUACUAAAUAUUACUAGAUAACACCAUACAAAAGUACUGCUGAAGAGGUUUCAUUUGAGAUUUCUUCCACAGACUCAAAUGUUAGUCUCCUUUGCAACUGCUCGGGUCGGAGUCACGUGACCCCGUCCCAAGUGGCUGCGAAGGAGACUACCAAAAGUUAGAACCAGCUUCAAAGUGGCUAAAAUGUAUAUCUCAAGGCAUAUACAGUCGAACCUCCACGUAUGACCACCUCUUUUAAACAGCCAGUUUCCUUAUAUAAAUGACCACCGAUCAAAGACACCAAGGUCUGAACAUUCUAUAGAUUUCCAUUGUUUGUAGUCUCUGGUCCUCUUCUCGGAGAAACAUCUGCGGUUUUGUUUUUGUAGGCGACCACCUCCCUUAAGCAACCACUAAAUCUUAGCAUUUUGGUUGGUCGCUUACUAGAGGUUCAAUCAUAUUUAUAGCUGACACACUUUCAGUUUUUCAGUUGUACCACCACGGAAAUGUGUUCUUGAUACGUAUGCAGUUCUCCUAGAAAAUGAAUACUAAUACUAAUACACUGAUGUUUUUCCUUUGAAAUAACAUUUUCAGAUAUUACCAUGACAACAGAAACUUUACAAGGUUGUUAACUAUGUUGUCAAAUGAAGUUGUUGCCCGAGGAAGGAGGCUGGUAGGAGAGCAUGUACUGGAGAAUUUAUUGGCAGUAAGUAAAAGCAGUCUUAUCAACGUGCUUUGACUGAGUCCUUCCACCCUGCGAACAGAGCCUCUUUUUGUCUUCUUGAGGGAGGACAAGAAAAGGAGGCUCUGAAUGGCGUCAAGCCUUUGAAGUCACCGCAGCCCAAAAUUCUGGACUAGUCAAUCUUGUUAUCUCUUGUCAAACUGGUUUUUUCAUCUGGUGGCAAAAAUCUUGUGGCAUCACUCCAUCCACCCAAUAGUGUCCAAGAAAAGUCUGUUUACUUUGUCAAGAUUCACAAUGCUGGAAAACUCUCCAGGGACAACAUUGUUACUGAUGUUGCCUUUUGCGACAGCUCCUAUCAGCCUUUAUCUCAUGCCAGCACUUUAACAAAGGAUGUAUUUUUGCCGCUGUUGAGUAUUGAAAUGGGUGGCGGUGUCAGCGCCGACAAAUUGAUGGACUUGGUGCACAGGCUUGUUUCACUUAUGCAGGUCGCUGAAGGAGGAGCGAAGGGUCAGGUCACACUACCUCUGCCAUCUAUUGAGGUGCUAUCUGAGGCUGCAGCCUAUAGCAGCAGGAGACCGGCUGUUAUUCAUGUGCUGGAAACAGCUGUGGUGAACUGGAUUAAGCAGAUCAAGGUGGUUGCAAUAAUAAAUUAAUAAUACAUAGAGAACAUGAAUGGCUAGGUAAUGAAAUGAGAGACACCCCUCUACCCUCCCUAUUUCGAGAUGUUUCCUGGUGUUGUGGGAACUAUUGUUGGUUUGCUUUUGUUUUGUGGCGUGAUUACUGUCCAGUGUUUCAGUCUUUUGUAAUAUGUCGUUUGAUGAAUGCACCUUCAUGGGCAGUGUAUCCACAACACCAGAGAACUUAGCCCCAUUUUCUUGCACUGUUAAGCUUUUUCUUCAUCCUAGACCCACUAGGGAGCUUGUUCAGAGGCUAUGAACAAGCUGGCAUAACCACCAAAAAGUUUGAAAAAGACUCAAAUUAUUUUAGCACAUAAUUUUGUUUUUUGUAAUUUUUUCAUGGGCGCAUUGCCUUUGAACUGGUGAUAUUAUAGGUGAAAUUUAAGGGGGCCUGUUGAUUUGUGAAAAUGGAAGGGGAAUUUAUUCAUAUCAAAUUAUGGAAUACAUGUAAUAUUUAACUUUUUUUGCUGUACUGCUUGCUGAAAGAAGAAUAACUAUUGUCAUUGAGUUGUUAUUCUCUUUGCAUUCUGAAUGAUGCAUUAUCUUGGUUUGCAGAUAACACUUAAGCUAGAUCCAGAAACUGAGAUAAAAAAAUAUGGUCCAAGGCCUGGUCCAUUAGAUGAAAUAGAGGUAAUAGUAAUAACUUUUCUUGAUAAUUCAUUAAAAAGUUCAAAAUUUUCCUUGUACAUGUAGUUAAAAUUUGGUGAGAUAAUGAUGUUGUUUUUGCAAAUCAGAUGUGGUCCGAGAGACUGGAGAAGAUCACUUCAGUUAGUGAGCAGCUGUGUUCACAGGUGGCCCUCAACAUCUUGAUGAACCUGGAGGAUGCUCAUAGUACAUAUGCGCAGUCAUUCCACCUUGUUAAAAGAGAAAUUGCCAAGGUUAGAACUUGACAAAAUGAAAAAAAUCAAUGCUAUUUACUCUGAUAGUCACUUGAAAAUAUGCUGAAAUCAUUGUAGCAUCAUCAUCAUCGUCAUCAUUAUUGUUGCUGUUUUUGUUGUUAUUUCCAGUGAUUUUAAUAUAGCUGGCAGCCGGCAAAAGUUGCCACUUUCUGGUUGUGUUUUGCCAGCUACUCUGUGGGGUUAUUUUGGAGAUUCUUUAGUUAAGGGUGGCAAAACUCGACAGCUGUUUUAGCUAUGAAGUUCGAACUGUGCGUUUUCAGAGAAAUUAAAAUCAUAAUUUGCAGUCCUAAACCCACUAAGCCCUAAGAGUGAUGGCACAAAAUUUCUCCUUGUAACACCAAUGCCUUAUAACACAGACUUGUCAUAAAAAUUAAGGACAUGAUCACGGAACAGUCGAUCUAAUAUUGAUAACUCAGCUAAUUCUCCCCAUUACUUCUUUUGGAAACCUAAGGACAACAAAUGAGGCUUUUAUUACUGAUUUUAGUGUUUGAAUGGUUAAUAUGUAGUACUUCCUGGUUAUCUUUACUGACAAUAAUAUUUUGAUGCAUCUGGUGCUUAAGGCGGAAUCAGAGACAAAUGACAAUCUGCAGUUCCUGAGCACUCUUCUUCCUUGGUUUGAGAAACUCCAUUAUGCGACAAAGUCUGCAGAGAUGGUGGUUGUGUUUCCUCCCUUGAUGCACUCUAUGUACCUUGUGUGGGUCUAUUCAAGGUUGGUGUCAAGGUCAUGCAGUCAUAUGACUUCUAAGGGUGACUAUUAUUGCGACCAUGCAAAUCAAAAUAAAAAAUUCAAUUUGCAGUUUUAUUAGCCUGAGAAAAUAGCUGACAUUUUGCUAUUCCACCACUGGUUUCCCAUGAAAUGACGUAUGAGGAAUGACAAAAGAAACUCAAUACUGUUGACCCAGAUCUGGGUACUGCGUCUGAUUGGAUGAGGCAAAUUUUUAACUAAUCAGAAGCACUACCCUUAGCUGGGAAGUGAAGUGCCAUCUGUUUGGAGUUUCUGUGGCCAUUCUAGACUUUCGAAAAGUCCUUUAUUUUGUUUUCCUGGUUAAUAAAUAAUAAGUGCCAUUUUAAAGGACUUUUCAUACCUGUUUGGCACAUAAUUCACCUGUUGAGAAUUCUACCGAUGUCAUGACCAUUGAUCAAUAGGACAGUGAGUGAUAUUUCAUGCCGCUCCCGACACAGCAUAAUAUGCAUGAAUUUAUAAUAGGAUUCAAAUCCAUUCAGGCAAAACAAGUUGACCUCAAGACUUCAUUGCUCACUUGGUCGCUGUGCGACCUCAUGUCACUAAAGCUUGCUUUGUUCACUUUUUUCUGAGAGGUCGACUUGGAACAAGUCUAAGGCCAUUCUGAAGAUGUCAUUUUGUGGGAAAACCAGUGGCAGCAUUGCACAAUGUUGGCUGUUUUCUCAGGCUACAGUUUUAUUGAUGGAAGAACAAACUUAGUCAUGCAUGCAUGUAUAAGUUUAAGCAGUUUCCAACUGAAUAGUCUCAACUUAAAUGUCCAUUCAUGUACUUAUAAAAGGUAUGAUCAUUUCGUUCACUGGGAUAAUGAGCAUUGCCGCCAGAAUAUCUGCUCAUGCAGCAGCUUUCAUUUGAAUGAUCACACAUUAAUUUUUAGGAUUUUGCUCCUCAAAAUACAUAACUUCCUUGUAGAGGUUAAUAUAAACAGCACCACAGGAAAGUACUGUGCAGUAACCCUGCCCAGUAGGGUUUCACAGCUUAGGACUUCAUCAACUCAAAAGUUGAAACUACUUACUAAAUAUUACUAGAUAACACCAUACAAAAGUACUGCUGAAGAGGUUUCAUUUGAGAUUUCUUCCACAGACUCAAAUGUUAGUCUCCUUUGCAACUGCUCGGGUCGGAGUCACGUGACCCCGUCCCAAGUGGCUGCGAAGGAGACUACCAAAAGUUAGAACCAGCUUCAAAGUGGCUAAAAUGUAUAUCUCAAGGCAUAUACAGUCGAACCUCCACGUAUGACCACCUCUUUUAAACAGCCAGUUUCCUUAUAUAAAUGACCACCGAUCAAAGACACCAAGGUCUGAACAUUCUAUAGAUUUCCAUUGUUUGUAGUCUCUGGUCCUCUUCUCGGAGAAACAUCUGCGGUUUUGUUUUUGUAGGCGACCACCUCCCUUAAGCAACCACUAAAUCUUAGCAUUUUGGUUGGUCGCUUACUAGAGGUUCAAUCAUAUUUAUAGCUGACACACUUUCAGUUUUUCAGUUGUACCACCACGGAAAUGUGUUCUUGAUACGUAUGCAGUUCUCCUAGAAAAUGAAUACUAAUACUAAUACACUGAUGUUUUUCCUUUGAAAUAACAUUUUCAGAUAUUACCAUGACAACAGAAACUUUACAAGGUUGUUAACUAUGUUGUCAAAUGAAGUUGUUGCCCGAGGAAGGAGGCUGGUAGGAGAGCAUGUACUGGAGAAUUUAUUGGCAGUAAGUAAAAGCAGUCUUAUCAACGUGCUUUGACUGAGUCCUUCCACCCUGCGAACAGAGCCUCUUUUUGUCUUCUUGAGGGAGGACAAGAAAAGGAGGCUCUGAAUGGCGUCAAGCCUUUGAAGUCACCGCAGCCCAAAAUUCUGGACUAGUCAAUCUUGUUAUCUCUUGUCAAACUGGUUUUGUUUAGUAUUAGCAUCCUUUUUUGAUAAACCGAUGAUCAUAACUGAGCCCUCUGUACCAAGUGUAUGGUUCUUAAGCCUAAAUUCGAAACUAUAUCUUAGCAACAUGAAGUGCAUGCUCAACAAGAAACUUCCUUGAUUCAUGCAGAGUCUUUCUCGAGUACACCAGAAUUGAGCGAGCGAAAGAGAGGCUUUUCUGGCAGGGCUGAGUCAGUAGUAUAACCUGCUUCAGAUAUGUCCCAGCCACUGAUCUUUGAUAGGUUUAUACACUUGUACUAAUCUUUAUACUCCAAAAUGACAGUGACACAUAAUGAUUCAUACACAAAGUGAUUUUCUGCAAAGGAAGGAACCGCAUUGGGUUAACCCCCGAGAAUAAUGAUUAGGCUGCUCAAUACUGAUUAGGGUUAAACCCUGAGAAUGGUGGUUAGGGUUAAGCACUGACUCGUAAAACAGUUGACUUCUAAUUAGGGUUAGGGUUGUUGCUAUAUAGCUUCAAAUCAAACCAAUGGUCGUCAGCAAAUCCUGACAGUCUCGUUGUGGUAUAGGAGAUGGACUGUGGACAUUACUCUCCCGGUUCGAUUCUUACUUUUGCUCUUCGGAAUUUCUUUUUCCUUAUAAAUUGAAGAGACUUAGACUUCCAUGACAUUUUAAGAGACAUAGAAAUGUCAUGUAGGAAAAGGGAAUUCGAAAUGUCUUGUGAGAGCCACUGAGAGGGAAAUGUUCGUUUGGAGUAUGGAGAUGAGUGCUAACCUGUCUAAUAUGUCUUGUUUUAGUCUUAUACCAGCUUGAAAGAUGCUUUGCGUGUAUGUGCUGCUUUCCGUGGUUGUUACCUGGAUAAGAAGGACAGAGCUGAUGAAACAAAUCAACGAAGACUGUCAGAACAAACUGGAACUAAGUAAGUUUGUUUCUCACGUAUCUACUACUUACAGCCCUAAAAGAGGUGUAUUUCAUGAAAAAUGAAACCUCACUGCUCUUUGCUCAUUCAUGUGGUCCUUCCUUUGCGUGGAGAAGUUGUUUACAAUUUCCUUCCAUAAUUGGUACAUUAUUACAGUUGCCUCUGGAAGAAUAAAUAUUAACGUGAAUUGUGUUAUGUUGAGUGUGAAGAAAUGAAAAACUCUACUCUGCAAUAUCAGAGUAGAUAUUGUCUAUAUAAAGGUUGUAAGGCUAUUUCCAUGUAAUCAUCUGCAUUUUCUCCACCAUCCUCAUCAUCAUCCUCAAAAAUCCAUGGAGGUUUUAGGAUGCCCCCGUUUAUAGUGCAAUGUCAUUUUUAAUAAUAAUGCUCAUAGUGAAUGCUUUCACCAGUUGGCCCCAUCAAUAUCAAUUCAAAUACGUGAUGACCAAAAUUGGGAUAUGUCUUUCCAGUCACUACUGCAUGUGUGUUUCGAAAUAUAUGUCAAACAUAAAUGUCCUUUGCUAUUGCGUUUUUUUAGUAUGGACAGUGGAGGAAUAGUGUGGCACAGCAAGCUCUACAAUGACAGCCUAACACCCAAAACCACCAAGAUAUUUCACAGACGUAGUAGUACUAGCACUGAGAGUACAAGUGGUUUUGACACAACAGAACUGUGGACAGACUCACCUUGGCCUGCAAGAAACAACGUGUGCUUUACAUCACUGAACAGCUUCAUGGAGCGGUGUAACGACGUGCUAGAGCUUGUUCAGACAACACAGCAUUUUGAGAUGUUAACUUGUGCCGCUGAGGUGGGCGGGGCCGGCGGCAACAGCUUGGACAGUCAAGUCAAAGAGAUACAUGCCAAAUUCUUGGAGGCUGUUAGGUCUUUUCAGCAGAUGCCAAACGUAAGACUACAUCGAUAGCUGAUAGAACAGACUUUUAAGCAAAGGCAGUGCAAUCCUUUUUAUGAACUAAAAAAAUUGAGCAUGGAAUCCUGAUAUUAUCGGUACAAGCUUGAAGUAUUAUUGCAAAACAAUAACACAAUCCUUAAAGCAAAAAAAAAAACCAAAGGAAUGUCUACUUCCCUAUCUCCUUUAACUCUAGUGAUGACAACUCAUAACUCCUCUAUUAAGCCCAUGCUCCUUUUUGAAAUAAGUCCACGAGAAGAAUCGUUAGAAAGCCGUCCUCCUCUUCCAGUCUGCUUCCUUACAAACAAAUUAACAUAAGCCAUACUUCAACCGCCUGCUGGGUAACUCCAGGCCCCAGUUGUUCAAAAGCUGGAUAACGCUAUCCACUGGAUAAAUCUUUGUCCAGUGGAUAACGCAGUUGGUUUCUGUGAUCACUUACCCACUGGAUAGUGCUAUCCAACGUUUGAACAACCAGGGCCAGGAGGCUAGGCUCGGGAAUACUGGUAAUAUAAUUAUAAUAAUCCAUGAUUUAUUUUCUAGGAUGUGCUAAAUGCAAGUGAGACACAGGAAUUUGAAAGAGAGUUCUUCGCUUUCCGUUCUGUGAUAAGGGUAAGUAGAAUGACUCUUUUAUCCACUCUUCGUGCGUUUAGGUGUUUCAUUCACACCGAACCAAGCCAACCGUAAAAAAAUUUGAACGCCUAGCCGUUAAAAAAAUUCGAGGUCAAAUUUUUAGCCACUAAGGACGAAAAUUUGAGCGGUGCAAUGUAAACACCAUGACCGUGUAAACUUUUGUGCUGCAAAUUUGACCAGCGCGGUGUAAACACCUUAAGCGUUGAAAUGUUUGUGUGGCAAAAGCGUGAUUCCAUGGAUGCAUGGUAACUCAACUGAAACACCAUGUUGGAUUUGCUUAAGUAUCACUCUGCUCAUGGGGAGAUGGUAAAACUUCUGAGCGUUAGUACAACUGACCACCUCCCCCCUCCCACUCAAAACAAUGUUGAAUUUCGAGCAAGACUGGGGGGUUGGGAAUGGGGAAAUCAAUGAGUGAACCGGAAGUGAAUCCAAAAAUUGUUAUUACGGGUAGAGUCCUAAGAGUUGUUCCAGCUGUACCAAGUUCUUGUGAUCUUCACUUAACAUAACAAUGAGUUGGUUCUUGUAUUGCAAGACUGACUGUUUUUUUGUUCGAUGUUUUAUUUGUUUCCGAUUAGGAUUUAGAACACAAUCUUGCUGAUGUAUUGAGACAAAGCUUUAAACAGUGUUGGGACACAAGGGCCAAACUCAGGUUGUUGGAAGUAUUUGAGGGAAUCAGUGGCCGAGAACUUGUUCAGGUGAGACGAGAACUUUUGUGCAUUGAACAUUAACAAAAACCGUCUUUUCUAGGGCAAUUUUUCUAAAAGGCCGAUUGGUGCUAAUCCUAGUAUUACGGCUGGACAAUAAUUGUAAGCUGCAGUAACAUUUUCCUAAACAAGAGAGUUUUUGCUGAAAAAUUUGGCUAUAACCGAGCUCAGGACGUUAUUUCCUAAACCUUUUAAAUCCUCCUGUCUGUCUAUCUGUAUCAUCUCCGAAACAGCAAAUCAGUCCCGUCUAUGCGUCAGCUACGCGCACGAUAUUAUGUCCCGGUCAGCUACCCACACAAUAAACUUUUUGUUCAUUCAAUAAUCGACAUUUUACUCAUGCUGACCUGGAAAAUCCUGUCACAAAUUUCCAGUAACCUCGGCACAAUGGCCACUAAAUCAUGGUCUUUUGCUUGGGUGCAUUAAAAGCAUUUAGCACGGAGCAUGGCUGUGGAAAUAUUAUAUGACGACCGAAACUUAAAAAGAUUAAAGCUUUGUUAGUUUUCAACUAAAUAUACCACGUACAGUACUCAUCAAAUUUCUUGAACACUUAUGCCGUUUCCCUCCAUGAUGGUGAUUUGCAACCAUCACACUGUUCCAAAAUACCUCUGUCUCAUUGGGGAAGGAGAAAAGCAAAUUUGAGUUUAAAAAAAUUAAGGGAGCACAUUGCACGAUAUUUACGUGACGUUUGUAGCAUACAGGUUUCAACGAACUGUGACGAGUAUAGGCCAUUGCACGAUGGCGUCAUUUUACUACUACGACCAGAAGCCUUUUCGUUUUUCCUUUCAUAUUCAAAUUUGGUAAUCCCAGCGAGGUCUAAAUAACAAAAGGUCUAUUUUGCACAAGAAAGCAAAUCCCUGAAGGAUUCUGGUCGUAGUAGUAAAAUGAUGUCAUCAUGCAAAUGGCCUAUUGCAGCCUUCAAGGGUGCUUGGGUACUUACAUAAUCAAAAGGGUUGGAUUACAUUAGCUUGGAUGAGAUGAUUUCCAGCAUAGUUAAUUGAGUGGAAUGGUUAUGAAACCCGUCAGACUCCUUUGUUAUAUGUUUUUGUGGACCUGAAAGUGCACAACGUUCAAAAGAAUUCCUAUCAUUUUGAUUGUAUUGACCAAUAAAAACGUUGCAUUAAUUUAUUCCGUAACANGUGGACCUGAAAGUGCACAACGUUCAAAAGAAUUCCUAUCAUUUUGAUUGUAUUGACCAAUAAAAACGUUGCAUUAAUUUAUUCCGUAACAAUUUGCCAACAGAAAACAAAGGAUUGUGCACUUUCAGGGUGGUUCCAACAUAAACUGCAGCACUGUUGUUUUUAUCAUUGAUGUUUGCCGCUUUUCAUAACCAGUCUCCUCUAAUAACUAUGUUUCCAGUAACAGUCACACCAGUAUGGCUAUAUUCAUACUGUAUGAUUGUGUUCCUCCUAUAUUUUCCUCAGGCCAAUUUACGGGACAUAUUUACCAGCCUGGUGCAUGGAUUUACUCAAGAGCUGCUGGAAAUGCGACGGUUUUUUGAGUCUCACAUGGAUUCUCCUCCGUCAUACCCUCAUCUUCCACCAGUCGCCAACAAGUUGCUAUGGUUACGGGGGUUCAAACUACACAUCCAGGUAAAUGUUACACAAUAGCCCUCACUCGAUAUAUUAAAAUUCUAACAUGACUCCGAGGCUUUCUGGUCCUUUUUUCUUUAUUUGGUUUGGUCUUUGUGCUCAAUUCUCUCUCUCUCAAUUGUGAGAAAAUGGAGUCGUGGAAAAUUUGCAAUUUUGACCCUAAAGCCUUGGAGUCAUGUUAAAAAUUUUAAAUAUCGAACGUGGGCUAUUAAUCAUCAGGUAUUGUAAGCCUGGUUUUGCAUAAUUUUCCAGGGUAGUCACGUAGUUUUAAAAUGUGUUCACUAAAGCGAGACAUUCGUAGUAUGUGCAAUCAACUCAUUGCGAGUGAUAAUAAUUUCUCGAGGGUUAAGCCUUCGAAUUUUUCGAGAAAAAUAAAAUACCUGUUAGAAUCUUUCUGUGUUCUGUGUUUUCUGCUUCUUUCUUUUGUGGUUUUCUGCAGCGUCUGUUAAUGCCCCAACAUCUUCAUUCAAAAUACCCUUAAUCCUGGACGCUCUCUUGCCGUCUCUUGGCUUUGACAUAUAUACGGCCCAGGAGCGGGGGAAGGGGCGGGGGGGUACUCAGGAUUUCAGUCGACAAGGAUGAUCAAAAGGUUUUUUGGGGUUUGAAAUUUUCGAUUCCGCGUUUUUCUUUGGGUAGGAAAUUUUGGCAAGUAUUUUUUUGAUGGCUUGACUUAAGUAGGGAUUUGUGGGGGUAUUCAAAACCAUCUGAAGAUUCGUGUAAGUGCGCGCGUAUCGCGGCGGCAUAGAUCUGCGAAUAAAGUACGACCAAACUUGCUUUUGAAAACUUCAUUUUUCGUGUCAUAUCAUUGAAUGCUUUCUGGAAAUUUGAAGGCUCGGAAAUUCAGCAUGGGAUUUUUUGGGGGUUAAUUUUUGGUCUAGGGAUGUUUCUUGGUUUUGUUGGAAGUCCAAGGGAUUCUUCUGGGUUUUGAUUUUUGCCCCCAUUUGUUCGUCCCCGUCACUUGAAAUCUGGAGUACUCCCCCAGAAAGUUGCCUCAGCGAUUUGUAAUUUGUAAUGCUAUUUGGAUCUGCUCGAUCGUCCAAAGAGGUAAAUGAUAUGUACCUUGAUAUUACUUGGAAACUACUAGUCAGUAUCACUUGAAAAACCAUGAUUCAGCAUUUUCCCUUUGAUUUCUCUGCAUUGACUUACUGAAAAAAUUAGUCGAUUCUUUUCAUGAUUGUAGGCUAGUAUUGUUUAUGUUCUCUGUAGUCUAAUUGUUAGUCUUGCCUUUUCUACACGUCGUUUUCGUAACAAUUAAUUCGUUCGUGCGGUGUUUGAGUUGCUGGACAACAUAGAGUAAUGCGAGAAACGCAUUACUAUUUUGAAUGAAAGGGGUUAUCUUACUGAAACAUAAGGUGACUCGCCAGUUGACGACAAGGCUCCUUAUGUAUUCGCCAGUGCAAUAUCGAGCCGUGUUCUGUCUAAGCCGUUAACGUCUUUCAGUUUUCAGUAGACACGCAGUGGCGGAUCCAGAGGAGGGUUCCCCUUAUUUUUAGACCAAACUGAGGCCCAAAGGGCCGAGAAAUACUCUUUUUGAAUCCGCCCCCCCCAUUUUCUCAGGGUCUUGAUGAACAUAUCCCCCACCCCCACUAUACGUAGACCACAGAUCGCCACACGAGACACACAAACCACACUCAUUAAAGACAAAAGUAAAAAAAUAAUAAAAAAACAAGGAAAAACAAAACAAAACAAACUGCCUCAAAUCAAAAUCUCUCAGGCGUGAACAAUGCCACUGGAAUCUGUAAUUUACACUAAAAAACUAAUUGUUCAAACUAAUGCAUUUUAAUACAUGGCAGUGGCGGAGCCAGACCUUCAGAUAAUGGGGGGGGGGGAGCUGGUCAUCCAGACCCUGAGAAAAGAGGGGGGGCGGAUUCAAAAAGAGUAUUUCUCGGCCCUUUGGGCCUCAGUUUGGUCUAAAAAUAAGGGGAACCCUCCUCUGGAUCCGCCACUGCGUGUCUACUGAAAACUGAAAGACGUUAACGGCUUAGACAGAACACGGCUCGAUAUUGCACUGGCGAAUACAUAAGGAGCCUUGUCGUCAACUGGCGAGUCACCUUAUGUUUCAGUAAGAUAACCCCUUUCAUUCAAAAUAGUAAUGCGUUUCUCGCAUUACUCUAUGUUGUCCAGCAACUCAAACACCGCACGAACGAAUUAAUUGUUACGAAAACGACGUGUAGAAAAGGCAAGACUAACAAUUAGACUACAGAGAACAUAAACAAUACUAGCCUACAAUCAUGAAAAGAAUCGACUAAUUUUUUCAGUAAGUCAAUGCAGAGAAAUCAAAGGGAAAAUGCUGAAUCAUGGUUUUUCAAGUGAUACUGACUAGUAGUUUCCAAGUAAUAUCAAGGUACAUAUCAUUUACCUCUUUGGACGAUCGAGCAGAUCCAAAUAGCAUUACAAAUUACAAAUCGCUGAGGCAACUUUCUGGGGGAGUACUCCAGAUUUCAAGUGACGGGGACGAACAAAUGGGGGCAAAAAUCAAAACCCAGAAGAAUCCCUUGGACUUCCAACAAAACCAAGAAACAUCCCUAGACCAAAAAUUAACCCCCAAAAAAUCCCAUGCUGAAUUUCCGAGCCUUCAAAUUUCCAGAAAGCAUUCAAUGAUAUGACACGAAAAAUGAAGUUUUCAAAAGCAAGUUUGGUCGUACUUUAUUCGCAGAUCUAUGCCGCCGCGAUACGCGCGCACUUACACGAAUCUUCAGAUGGUUUUGAAUACCCCCACAAAUCCCUACUUAAGUCAAGCCAUCAAAAAAAUACUUGCCAAAAUUUCCUACCCAAAGAAAAACGCGGAAUCGAAAAUUUCAAACCCCAAAAAACCUUUUGAUCAUCCUUGUCGACUGAAAUCCUGAGUACCCCCCCGCCCCUUCCNAUUCAUUCAUUCAUUCAUUCAUUCAUUCAUUCAUUCAUUCAUUCAUUCAUUCAUUCAUUCAUUCAUUCAUUCAUUCAUUCAUUCAUUCAUUCAUUCAUUCCAUUCAUUCCAUUCAUUCCAUUCAUUCAUUCAUUCAUUCAUUCCAUUCAUUCCAUUCAUUCAUUCAUUCCAUUCAUUCAUUCAUUCCAUUCAUUCAUUCAUUCCAUUCAUUCCAUUCAUUCCAUUCAUUCAUUCAUUCAUUCAUUCAUUCAUUCAUUCAUUCAUUCAUUCAUUAUGUUCCAUCUUUUUCCCACAGGAGCCCAUGUCACAGCUUCACCGUGUGUCUCCAGCGUCUCUUAAAGGGGAUGAUGGAUGGCGUCUCAGAGAUACCUACUCAGACCUUAUCAAAGACAUUGAAAAGUAAGGACGUGACAGUCUUUUGGUGUGUUGUGAGAUCGUUUUGUCUGUUAAAUCAUAGUCUGUGAGCAAGCUUACUUGUGCGAGUUCAUGUAUCUUGUGCUAGGCUCUCAGAUGGUAUUACCUGCUCACAGGCUAGUUAAAUCUUGUACAAAAAUGUAAGUUCUCUUUGUUUUCCUCACCAAGAGUUUUUGCUGCCAAGUAAACUCUUUUUGAUGAAUUCAAGGUUCAUGACUUAGCUUGUCUGACGAAAACGUUAAGUAGUUAUAAUAAUAUUACAAUCACCUUUUAGCCAAUCUGUACCCUAAGUGACUAUUCUAGAAAAAAAUUUCAUGUAAUUGUGCAGCUCAACGCCACUUUCACAGGGCGCAGAGGAGUUAUUUGUGACCUUGCUUGCAGUUGAAUUUUUCAGUUGAUAGCGAAAAUCGCCUUUAUUUACUGUAGAAUCAAAUAUGAACUUGACUGAUCAAACCAUCAUGCGAUCAUCUUACCAACCUGGUAAAGUUUCAUCGUAAUAGUUAUUUCAAUCAUCCUGUCAUUGAGUUACAUUUCGGUAACGCCAAGACCUGCUUACAGGAAGUAAUACGGCAUUGGGGCUACCGUAAAAUUCCGAAAAUAAGGCCGGAGGCUUAUAGUUUUCAAAGGCCCUUUUUGAGGGGCUUACAUUCGGAGGGGCUUAUCUAUGGUGGGAAAAUUAUUUGCGUUUUCAAAAUCGAUUAGGCUAGUCUUGUAGUUGGAAGGAAAUUUACCGUUUUUGCUCUGUUUUACUCUGUAUUUGAGGGCAAUUUUCAAGUAAAAGCCCCUGGGGAGGCUUAUAUUUGAGGGCGAUUUAACGGAGGGUUUUUUACGUUACGAGUGUAGGGGACUUAUAUUUGGAGGGGCUUAUUUUCGGAAUUUUACGGUAUUCUGCGAAUACCUGUAGCUUACAUAAAAUACAACAAAAUGUCCUUAUAGGCAAGUCGCCCUAUCAACUGCAACGUGGGUUACAAAUUAUUCCUCUAUGCCCUCUGCCCAUCUGUUACUCGGGUAGUCAUGCAAGUCACCCUAGUAACCCUGCUCACUCAGGUCACCCUAGUCACCCAAGUCACCCUACUCACCAAAGCCACUCAAGUCACCCUAGUCGUGCAGGUCACCCUAGUCACUCAAUUCACCCCAGUCACCCAAGUCACCCUAGUCGCCCAAGCCAGCCCCUAGUCACCCUAAUCGCCCAAGCCACCCAAGUUACCCUAGUCACCCAAGUCACCGUAGUCACCCAAGUCACCCUAGUCACUCAAGUCACUCAAGUCACUCAAGUCACUCAAGUCACUCUAGUCACCCAAGUCACUCUUGUCACUCUAGUUACCCUAAUCACUCAAUUUACCCUAGUCACCAUAGUCUUCCAAGUCACCCUAGUCACCUAAGUAACCCUUGUCUCCCAAGUAACCUUAGUCACUCUAGUAAUCCUAGUAACCUAUCAGCCCAAGUCAACCAAAUACCGCCAUUUAUUCCUGACACCGAAAUUAUUCAUGUCACCAUAGUUACACAAGUCACCAUAUUCACUCUAUUCACCCAAGUCAACCUAGUCACCUCACACAAGUCAUCCUUGUCAUUCAAAUAACUCUUGCCACUCAAGUCAUCCCUGUACCCCCAACCUGUUUUGUCACCUUAGCCACCUUGAACACCCAGUCACCCUGUUGACCCAGGUCACCCUAGUCAACCUAGUUUGCUAAGUCAACCUUGUUACGAGAGUCGCUUAAGUUUUUUCUUAUCACGUUAGUCACUCUUGUCACCCAGGCUAUGCUAGUCACAUGAGUCAUUCUGGUCACCCAAAUUACCCUAGUCACUCUAUGCAUCUUAGUUACCCUCGUCAUCCUAGUUAUCGAGAUCACUGUAAAAUCUUGGACAAAAGUUACCAUGUCUAGUUUUAUAUAAAGCUUUUGAAAGUAUUGGCAAUUAGAACUAUUUCCCCUUCCUUCUUAAGAGAAACAAUGUUGAAGUUCGGCUGGAUUAUUUUUUACUUUGACUGAAUGACGUUGACGAGGUUGGCUCGAGGGGAGUGGCCGUAGCGGUACCAAAUCUUCUCGAUAGGUGUUUCUGGAUAAAAAAGUUUAAGGUUGAUUUUAGAUCCGCUGCUUGUGAAGAUUGGCUGCCUUUAGGGUAGAUAUCCUGUAUCUAUUCAAUUAUUGACAAUGUUUCUGAUCGUUUUCAUGAUUGAUUGAUAGGUGUGAAGCAGCAACUAUUCGUCAAUGGCAAAACACCAUGGAGCCAGAGCUAAGAACUAAGUUGAAACAGCCACUUCUGGUUUGUAUAUUCAAGUGUUUUUUUUUUAAUAUUUUGAACGGUUAAAGCUGUAAAUAAAGCCUAUUGGCUUGAUCACUAGUGGAGUGAUCUAGCUGGCUGACAGACGCUGAAAGUGGUUAUUUAGUGUAAUUGUUUUACUGCGCUUUCUGGCAUUCAGUUAGUCACCUGAGUCACCCUAGUCACACAAGUCACUCUCGUCACCUUGGCUCCCAGCUAGGUAACUCUAGUCACCCAGGUCCCCCAAGUUACCCUAGUCACUUAAGUCACCCAAGUUUCCCUAGUCAUCCUAGUUACCCUAGUCACCCUGGUCAUUCAAGUUGUUUAUUGAGUGUAAUUGUUUGACUGUACGUUCUGACAUUCAGAUUGCAGAGCCCGAGACUGACAACGGUAAACCAACGUUACAUGUCAACUUUGACCCUGAACUAAUGCUUCUUCUGAGGGAGGUACACUACUUAGGAGGAGAGCCAUUUUUGGCUCGUCUUCCCGACCCUGCUCGCAUACUACUGCGAUCAACAGAUGACGCUCUGUUAAGAUCCACCGCCACCAGACUUGAUACCAUUGUUUCACGUUAUAACUUUGUGAUGGUAAACAUGAAGGAUUUUGAGAAACCGUUGUUUGAGAGGAAACUUGCGAAGAUCGACGAGGUGAGGAAGCGAGGUUCACUGUUCAAAGAUUUCUAGGGAUUCUAGUGAACAAAAAGAUAAAUGAAUGAAGGAAUUGCGUUCUGAUGAAGUGUUAAUAUAUAACUGGUCAUAACUAUUUUGGUGUUGUUUUGACAAGUGCCAAAAGAUUAAAAAUUUGUUGGGUUAAAGAUCUUUUUUCAGAGCAAAAAAGAGGAGAUGAUUUAGGGUAAAGUUAACCAAAAUGACGAGAGCGGUAGAUUAAAUAACCGCAGAUAAUAAAGUGAUGCGACUGCAAAUGUGAGCUAAAUAACCAGGGUGUCUUGCUUUUAUCAUCACUAUUUAAGAACAGAUGUGUGUUUAAAAUGUCUCCUUCAUCCCUCAGUUGUAAAAACUUAACCAUUGGGUUGUCUGUUGGAUGAAAGUUGGUUGGUUGGGUACCAGUGCAUAAAAAGCACAGUGGGUUUCGACGUCAAUAGAGCGUAAUUGUUACCUACUUUGGGAAAGUGUUUGUACGUUGAUUAUCUCCUUAGUUAGUAUUUUUCAAAUCAGUGAAUAGCAAUUUUCGCGUGUUUUGAUUGCCUUCCGUAUUCACUGUUUUGGGACGGGAUUUUGCGCCUGACUUUAUAUUAGUUCUCGCUUUUCCCUUGCGCUCUGCUUUUUCCGUAUGUGAAGUGCAAAAAGAAAAAACAUCGACAGGCUAUAUACGGGCAAUACUUAACAAAGUUUUGUGCAGGAGGGCUCUAUCCCGAGGUCCAACGCCUUACCUUUUUAUAUGCCUUUUUUUUUCAGAAAAGGUACCCCUUGGUAUACCUUCCACCGGCAAAUGGUACCCCUUUCACAUACCUCCUUUAGAUCUUUGCAUCCCUUGAAAUUGCUGUAAAUAACUCUCUUUAAGAUAUGAAUAAAUAAAACCAGAACGAUUCUCGAAAUUUUUUCAAGUGCACCUGUUAGUCUUUAACCCUUUCACUGCAAGAGUACUUGAUGAAGCUUUGUAUGGUGACUCUAACUUUAAAGUCUGCGGAUGAAAUCCUAUGAUGUGACCAUUCAAAUGAAAGCUCUCUACCUGUACUUACACAUGAUGCUAUUUGUUUUUCAAAAUUUUAGAAAGUGACAUUUGGAAAUUUGGUCGAAGUUUGCUUUUUGUUAAAUUUGGCAGUGAAAGAGUUAAAGGGCCUUUUUACCAACCAAAAAGUCAGAGUUCCCUACCCUUUCAUAUACCUGAAGCCUGAAAAAGGUACCCCUUUUGGGUGGAGCCUCCGUGUAUUGGCCCUCAUAGGGAUUAUCCCUGGGGCUAUAUACAAAGUAAAGUUUGUGAGCGCGAACACCAAAGAACCUUCAGACAAUGUAUGAUUAGUGGAAAAAGGCCACCGAAAAUUUAGACAGAAAAUUGGGUUGGUUUAAAACAACUUUUCUUUCAUAAGUGUCUGUAACCGUUCGUAAUAUUGGUAAACGUUUGUAUUAAUUCCAUACAUCUACUUCAAUAUUUGUACUUUAAUUGCUGUUGUUAGUUAUUCCGGUUCAGACGCCGAACUUUUCAUGAGCCUAACCUAAUUAGAAUUAAGGCCAACCCAAACUAUUAAGACCGCAUCAACUGAUGCUGACGCUGAUCUUAAUUCCAGCCGAACUAAAUACACGAGGAGGAAAAUGUUCUUUUCAGUCAAACUGCUUGGGAAAUCCGAGAUGCAUUAGGUUUGGCACAUGAAACGGUCACUGUUGGAAUGAAAGCCGUUCCAAAGUCGAAAUUCCCCGCCUGGCCAGGAUAAAUUGGAUUAGGUGUUCACAACUGAUUCAGAUGCUUAACUUGUCAUGUAGUUAAUUCAGUGUAUCAGGUUCAUUAAAAUUUUGGAGUGAGAAUUGAGCCUUAUUAAGAAAGCUUAUUUUUGUGAUAUUUCAGCUCUUAGGUCAAGGCCUACAUGUGUACACGUGGAAAACUGUUGAAUCAGCAGACUUUGUGGAACACGCCUCGUAUCUGGUUUGCGAUGAUCUUCAUCAUAAUUUGGGAGUGGUCCAAAGCAACUUCCGAGAGAUAUGUAAUAUAACAGCGUCUUGGUCUGACAAUGGCCAGUUAGAUGUGUUUAGCCCACGAGACUCAGGCAAAUCAUUCUCGAUGGAACAACUUCAAGACCAGCAUAGGUUUGUUAAAAGAAAAUUUCUGUUACCAGCAUUUUGUAGAAGAAACUAGGCGAUUGGUUCUUAUUCCAAGCAUAAACGGUUUGAACUUCUUUGGUUAACCCUUUUACUCCUAGAUCAGUAGCAGUUACCAUUUACAUUGGAAAGCCGGAAAUUUCCGUUGGAGAAUCAAAUGAUGUGCGCCAUUUGUUCUGGGAAUAUUAAGAAAUUAUGGCUGUGAUUUGAGACAAUGCAAUUUUUCUACUCCUUUGCGUUUAUUCAGCUGCGUUGGAUCUACUUUGUAGCGGAUCGUUCUCUCACCGCUUCAAAUUUUAUAGUUUUGUUUUUAUGCGCACGAUUUCCACCCUGGGUGGUUUGUGUACAUGGUAAGCACUCCAAGUUAUUGCCAGAUUAUUGCAACUUUUAAAUUCAAAUUAGUGGACGAAAUUUUAUAGUUUUACCAUCCAAAUGGAAUCUUUUCGGCAGAACUUUUCCUUGGAACUAAUUGUUCCUUUGUAUUUUUCAAAUAGAAGCCUGCCGUUUUGUGUUGUGUUAACUUAAGCCACAAUUAGGAAUAAAAGGGUUAAGUACAUUUUUUUUAUUUUUAGAACAAUUCAUGAGGGUCACAAGCACUCAGUCAUCAUAGGAGGACACAGAAUUCAUGCAUUACUUCAAUCUACCUUUGAGGUAACAAUCAGAGCUUGUGCCAUGGCUGUUGGCAGGGGCAACCAGCGACGGUUUCCUCCUAAAUGUAUUAACACAGCUUUUAGGCUAUCUAGUGUACCUUGAGAUCUCUAAGCGGCGUUAUAAAAGUUGUAUCUGUUCGGUCAUCCUAGGGCAACUUGAGUCUUUUCGAAAUUACAAAGGCUUCAGUAUUUUUAUCCCGAAAAUUUCAGAUGAAAUUUAAAGUUUUACGAAAGUGAGAAUUCUUCUGAUUCCUCUCGAGACAACAACUCACAUUUAGCGACGCCACCACUGGUAUCCCUGCAAGAUGACGUCUGAGGAACGAGCGCAGAAACUCCAUACUGAUGAUGUGUCACUACCCAGAUCUGGAUAGUGCUUCUGAUUGUUGGAAAUUUCAUCCAAUCAGCAGCACUGCACCUGGGUUGUGACACAUCAUCAGUAUGAGAUUUCUGCUUUCGUUUCUAAGACGUAAUUUCGUGGGAAACAAGUGCUGGCGUCACCAGAUGUAGGCUGCUUUCUCAGGCUAAAUGGCUAUAAACUCUGUAACGUGGCCAGUUGGGUUUAUUUUUCCUGAACUAUCACUGGAAGAUCCCGUAAAGAGGAACACUGCACUACUGUGAAGUUUACAGUUGAGUGGCCCUACCACAGACUGCUGAACGUGUGAUAGAAGCAGCUGUAGUGGUAAUCCCCAAGACAAUGCUUCGGGUGAACCAGCAGUAAGAAUAUUCGUUUUUGUUUACUUGGUGCACAGGCAGCCCAGAUAAGCCGCGCCUCACCUGCAUGGCAAAGCUACACCAAGCAUGUCAGCGGAGUUGUGAUGGAAGGACUGAAGAACUCUACGCAUACCUCACUGCGAUCAAUGCUCAACCAAAUUGUCUUCUCCAACAUGUCACAGGUUAGCAACAUUUUUAUCAGAAUGUGAAAUUUGACAGGAUACCAGAAUGAAAGGAAUAAAAAACGUCCUCCUCGGUCAGCAGAGUCGGUAGUUUCAAGUUUCAAACAAUCAAGACAGAAAAUCCUUCCAAUAACAAUGACCGAGACCAGGUUUUAUGAGCCCGCGAGUCUGAGCACCCAAACCAAACCCUUGUUUUCACUAAAACCGCUGAACGCCACAGCCUGGUUGAGGUCAUUGUUAUCUAAGGUCUUCCGACAAGGAUGAUCUGUCUUAUGAUGCGCGUACGGUAAAUAAAGGGCAAAAGGUAGUCGAGAUAAAAGUUCGUUUUAUUUUAUAUGGAGAUCAACAAUAACAAAAUGUUAAAAUAUUAUGCCAGAGUUGUUUGUUCCCGAUCCUUGACCACACUGUCAGAGUACAAUUGUUUUUCAAGAAUAAAGCUUUGCCGGUAAACUUGUGCCCUACCAGCAGACGUACCAGUCCUUAAGCCCACGCCAUCGUAGAAAUUUAAUCACAGAAGCUAAUGUUCAGUCUCCAUUGAAUAACGUUCUAUACUAAUAUCUUUUUUGUGGUUUUAUUUCGUAGGAUUCUGAGCUGCUCCCUAUAUUGACAAUUCGCUUGGAACUUAUUGGUGCCCAAGUACUGUUUAAUCCAUCCUUGGAUGAUCAUUCCGCUUCUUCCAGUGUUCAGGAGAGCGUGGAGGGAUGGCUUAAUGACUUUCUUAGUCGUGGAGACUUGGUCAGACCUGUGGAUGAAGCUCUAAAGGUAGGAAUUUCAUGGUUUGGGUGAAAGUUUAACGGCUUCUUUGGACAACAGAUGGCUUGUCUUUAGAAAUGCUCUGCAGACGGUCAGAUGAGAAGGACUGACGGACGAACAGACAGGCGGGAUGGACAGGGCAGACAGACGGAUGGAAUGGACGGACGGACAAACAAAUGGGACAAACCAGUGGAAAGGAUGGGAUAGAUGGGACAAGUGGAUAGGACAGACAAGAUUGAUGUUUAUUGUAAUGACUUGUAAAUGCCUUGUUUUCUUCAAGUAAUCAUACCACUCAGUUUCUUAGACUUCAUUCGAACAAGGGGACGAUUUAAAUUGUCUCAAAUGCUUGAUGGGUUUUGCUCACGGUUGACUUGGUUUCUGCAAGAAAAGGUUUGUAUUUCACACAUAGGAGAAAGGGACACUUUGUCUGAAGACUCCAAAUUUUUCUGUCUUUCUAGAGUUACAAAGAAGUCAUUGCCGAAGAUCAAGAAAUCCAGACAUUGGUGAAGCAAACCAAAGGAGUGGUGGAACAAAAUGCUUCUGAAUGCAAAGUAAGUUCAUCUGUAGUGCUUAACAAUUCAGCACACCUGUAUUUUAGCGUUGAAACUGCACAUCAAGUUGGAGCUUUCGAGUGGUAUCCGUCAACAACUGCUACAACGCCAGAUAAAACAGUUGACACAAUUCCAUCUGUUUUGUAACGCCGUGUCAUCUCUUCUAAACAGAAAAAGUACUUUCCCCAUCCCCUAUUCAAAUCUGUUGUUUUGGUCUAAAAGCAAAGCAUGUAAUUCUUGCGUCAUCAUAAACAACAUUGGAUAAGGGAUGGGGGAAAACGCCCGGGGGGCUCCCAUAUAAAAGUGACGGGAUGCUGGUCGGAAAAUUGUGGGAAAAAUGUGGGUGUGGCUCAAGCUUAAAGUGACCCCUAGGGGAGUUUUCUGUGUGGUCCGUGUCAAGGCACUUUUUGUAAAUUUCUUUAUGCUUAGUACUUAGCGAUACCUGAAUUGGCAAAUAUAGUGACUUUCCCUUCCAAACACCCUAAGUGAGACCAAAAUCAGCAAUUUACACCCCAAAGAGCAUCCCCUUCACUUUUAUAUGGGCGUCCCCCUUGGGGGGAAAUGAGCAUUCAUAUAGUGAUGGUUUCCAUUUUUUCCAGGAUGACGGGGGAUAACUAGGUAUUUUUAGAAUUUGUCUCUACAGGUUUUGUCCAAGGUUGUAGCUCGAUUAUCGAUUGAGUGUUCUUAAAAAUAACAAUUGGAUUUUAUUUUGCUAAGAAAAAAAAAAGCGGCAAAAAAUAUCCUAGAGGUUUCUGCAGUUUAAGGGCAGUAAUUGUCAUUAGCAGCAGAAUUCUUUCAGGUUUGCUUCCGGUAAUUUUUACUCUUGGAAGGCGAGCGUUAUUUUUAUUUGCUUUUAAAUCUGAAGCUGUUCGGGCAUCAGUGUCUUCUGCUUGGUAUCCGGUGUUUGCUGUCUUUUGCCUUCUUUCUUCUGUCUCCUGUCUGGGGUCAGGGGACUGUACGGGACUUUCGAGGGGUUCUCGAGAGUCCCAAUAACGUUUCGGGCCCGAAAAGUUGUUUUAUGUUUGUUGGCCGUGUUUGCAUUCAAGAUCAAAGUUUCACUAAUUUUGAAAAUGAUACAAUGAAACUGUCAGUGAAUGAAGCAAAAUUGACCAGUUUCUGAGCUAGGAACUGCGCUACUAUUCAACCGGGUUUGAUUUCAAAAUUUGCCUUCGCACCCGAAAAGUUACCGAGCUUUUCAAGAAACGGGCCCAAGGUGUCUUCUGUCUGUUCCUCGGACUCAGUCGUAUAAUGAGAGAUGUUAAUGCUUUUGCUUCAGAGUUUUCUCGCCACUUUCCGUGAGUAUGCAUUUUUGUGGAUACAAGACGUACAGCGGACGUUCGAGGAAUUCCUUGCUGGAAACAUUGUUGCCCAUCCACGGAAGAUGAAUCGAUCUGAACAACUGAGAUCAAGAGCGUCCAUGACAUCAGAAAAAUCAAAAAGGGAAAAAGAAAGAGAUCCGAGGUAAAAUUUAUCGCUAAUGAUUUUUGCAUGCAUAGCAAAUAAAAAUAGUUGAUGUCAGGGAAAGCUGUAACAUUUUCGGUAGCUUUCACAUUUCAAAUUACGCGUUGGGGUGCUGAGCAAACUUAACCACAAUCGUUUGCAAUUGACGUUAAGAUUGGUUAUCAUUGUAGCAAAUUAUCAAACAAUACUUGAGAGACCAAUAAUUGUAAUAGGAGUGAGUGGAGCCGGUCCAAUUAAGUCUGUAAUCAUGAGUGAUUGUUAAAAUCGGACGACCGUGUUGCGGGAGUCUGAAAAAAUUUACGUACCUCAAUGAAUUCAAUUUCUUACUUCCCAGUCAUUACUUACAUAGCAUGGAAACAAAACUACAGUAGUGUCGCAGGGACAGGUUUUUUUUGUAUAGCCUGAAUUUGCGCAGCAUCGGAGUCGCAAUAGACCUUUCCUACUUUCCUGUGAACAAAGGCGCAAACGUGAGGCUAGAGGUGACAAAAUGCAGUGAUUUGUAUGAAAUUUUCCAACCGAGCUUCGACCUCGUUUCAUUGUGUGAAAACCUAUAAUUAGGCAGAUUCACGUCGUGGUCGUGCAACUACGGCAAAUAAAUGCACAAAAAAACGUGCUCACGUGCAAAGUUUUGUUUUGCUAAUUGAAACCUACUGCUUUUGAUCCGUUCUUGACGCCGUCGUCGUCGUCGUUGCUAAAGCUCCCUAAUAACCGGAAGUGCGUUUCGAAUUUCCCUUUAACCUUAUUGGCAAAGUGACAAUGGCUCCUUAAACAGGCCAAUCAUGGCGCGAACUCAAAUCCUAGUACACAGCUGGGGACCCAGAACAAGGAUUUUGGCACAGUUUCGCGGAGGUACUUAACAAGAAGUUAAUUAAUUUCCGUCUGUGGCGCAGGCUCCCUAAGUCUUGGAAAUGAAUUUACUUUUAGAUCCAAUCGUAGUUCAGCAGCUGCCUCUACUUUGAGCACUAGUGGUGCGAUGGGAUUAUCAGAGAAGACUUUCUUGAAUCCCAAGAAAAUGACAGCUUCUAAAGAAGUUAGGGACGAGAAAGGGCCAUCCCUGGAUGACUUCGACAAGGAAAUUGAGAUUUACCAGGUUUGUUUGAAUCCAAUUUCCACGCUGUUGCAGAUUAGGUAGUGAAAACUAAAUUGUUAAAUGUUGUAACUAGUUUACUACUAACGUCAUCAUUAGCCCACUUGUUCAAAGGCCGACUAACUCGGAGUUACAUCUUAAUCCGGGUUUCUUUUUCUGUUUUUCAAAAGCAUCUUCUCGGGUAUUUUUUCUACAGGGGCACCCAACGAGAAUAUAGUUCAAAACCACUUAAACAUAGCAUUGUUGAACAUAUUUUAGUAUUUAAACGGUAGAUAUAGGCAUAUUUUUAUCCCCUAAAAAUUUUUCAUCUGUUCGGAUUUCCUAGUAGCAAAAAGUCUAGUGAUCCGAAAAUUAUAGGGAUCAAAACUUACCUUUUCGAAAAUUUCAGCCUGAAAAAAGGCUCCCGAAAAUUCUAGGAGACCUUUUUAGGGUAAAAAUCCGUUAAAAACGGGCAAUUAUACCAUUUUGUUCGAAAAUCCUAGGAGAGGUAGGCAAGCAAGAAAUUUUACAACAAAUGUUCCGAAAAUUUUAGAUAUCAAAUCGUCUUCCAACAGAUAUUUUCCAAAAAUUGACGUUGGUUGCCCCUGUUUCUAUUCUUUCUAGAGCAUCCAAUCAUCAACUUUUAGACAAAAAUGAUUAAACUGAGUGUAGCGAUUAAAGAUUGAAAACACUGUUUUAUUAAGUGAAUAAAUGCCCAUGCAAAUGAGGAAACAAAACAUUGGUUAUGCGGGAUGACCGCCAUGCCACGAAUUAAAAAAGGUUUUUUCGGUUCCCUGAAGCAAAGCCAAAUACCUUAAAUUUCCGAAAAUAAGCCCCGGGGCUUAUAUUUUGCAAAGUCCCUUUUUUGGGCUUAUUUUUGGAGGGGCCUAUGUUCGGAAGGGCUUAUCUACGGAGGGAUAUUUGCGUUUCAAAAUCGAUUGGGCUGGCCUUAUAGUUGGAAGUAAAUUUGUCGUUUUUUCUUUUGUUUUACUUUGUAUUUGAGGGCAAUUUUCCAAGUACAAGCCCCCGGGGGGCUUAUAUUUGAAGGCGCGAUUUAACGGUUUUUUUUUUUUGCGUUACCGGCUUGGGCGCUUUUUUUCGGAAUUUCACGGUAAAUGUAAGCCUUGUAAACUGACCGAGGAUGCAAGCACUUAGAAAUUCAUGUGAUAGACGAGUCUGUUUCUUUACUGCGUAAGUUCUUUGAGAGCGAUACGUCAUAUAUUGAUCCGGAAAAACCUAAGCCACUAUGCACGAUUUAAGCGUGGAAAAUUUUGGUAGUUUUUUAGAAAAUGAUCAUUGUUUACACUUUUAUUAGACGGCAAGAGAUGAGAUUUACAAUUUACAAGACUGGUGCGAUGUUGGCUGGAUGAGGGUGAACAUGCGUCCCAUUAAACAAGUACUCGGCACUUACGCUAGCAAGUGGAUGUUUGUCUAUACGAAGUAUCUCUCCGACCAGGUAUCAUAGAUCGUUCUACUUGUCGACAGAGCUAACAGAAUAGACCUUCGUCGCGCGGCGGUCAAUUUGUCUCAGGAGAUUUAAAAAGCUUUAAUGGCCGCCGCGUGACAAAGGUCUAUUACCUUUGGAAAUUAUCAGGUGUUUUCCUGAAUCAAAUUUGUUUUAGUGACUCUCAAUGCCCUAUUUUUUUUUCAAGGUUUCUUCGACUUUAAAUGAUCUUGACUCCUUCUUAAAGCGUAUUGAGCCUGGAAUCGAAGCCAUAACCGGUGAGGAACAAGAUAUCGACUCAUUCAUGAGGCUGAUGAGAGUUUUUAAUGAGGUAACGUAACUUAACGUAACUCAGUGUUGUUCCAGCAUUGUUGCCCUAAAAAUCGUCUUUAAAAAAUGGUCUCCUGUUACAUAAGCGCUAAUCGUCUUACAAAGAACUAGGUCCCGGAACGGAAGCCUUCCUUUGACGAGCAUGAGAUUUUCAAUACUUUUGUUUUCCUAUUUGCUUUGCAUAGCAUAUCAUAUCAGGUUAUAAACCUUAUUCCAAAAUGUUGGUACGGCGUCUUUUCUUUAAUAUAUAGAUUUAGCCAGGGCUAAAAGCGAAGCAAAAAUUAAUAAAUUUAUAAUUUAAAUCAAUCAAUAAACUUGUAAUCCACAAAUCAGUUAGCCUUAGGGCACAUUCAAGUGGCAUUUGAGGGUAAGGCUAAGUCAUUUUAGUGAAAAAUAAUUUGCAAACAGUCCAAGAGUGAAACAAAUCUUACAUCGAGUUAAUAGUCAGAUAUGUACACCCAAAUAGUAGCAUUUAAGCCUUUUUAUACUUUUAUACUUCACAUCUGAAGUAAACAGUACUAUGUCAAAUGAGGGGCUGCUUUUUUUAUCACACAGACCUCGGACAGAAUGCAGUUUUUCACAAUUUUGUAAGAUAAAUUGCACUCAUUCAAUAUUCAGGACGAUCGAAGCACACGCUUCCUUUGCACAGCAAAUUAUAGAAUUCACCACAUUAUAAAACGUUUUCAUAAAGAGAAUUCCAUAAUAUCGGGAUUGUUCAUUCAGAACAAUCGGCGCCUUUGUGAUAUACAGGGUAAUAAUGGGCUUUUAGCGAAAACGUUAAAAAAAUUUCCGGCCAGCCGGUUCUCACUUUCCACAAGCGCGAAAUUUGCAGUGAGAGCUGUGAAGUGUUUGAAUGAACAUUAAUGGUCUAAGGGUUACGCUUGAAAAUAUAAAGAAGUUUAAGAGAAAGGUUGAAUAAAUCAGUUAAUUGUUUGUAAAUAACUGGAGCAGCUAGCUUGAGGACUUGAUGUCAUAUUUGUGUUGUCUGAUAUCUUACGUCCGAUUUUCAAUGUCUGAUAUCUUAUGACUGAUGUCUGAUGUUCUAUGUCUGAUGUCUUAUGUCUGAUUUCGUAUGUCCCAUGUCUUACGUCUGACAUCUUAAUGUCUUGUGUCGUAUAUCUCAUGUCUUUUGACUUUUGUCUCCUGUCCUAUGUCUGAUAUCUAAUGUCUAAUGUCUUAUUUCUGAUGUCUCAUGUAUGAUGUCUGAUGUUUGGUGUUUCUUGGCUGAAGUCAGGUGACUGAUGUUUGCUGUCUGAUGUCAAAUGCCUGAUUUCUUUACAAUGUAUGAUGUCUGAUGCCUCAUGUCAGACGUCUGAGGUCUGAUGUCUCAUGUAAAACAUCUGCUUUCUGACAUCUGAGGUCAAACGGCUGAUGUCUGGUGUUAAACGUCUGAUGUCCAGUGUCUGUCAUCAGAAUUCUGAUGUCCUAUGUCAGAUGUCUGAUGUCAGAUAAUGUCUGAUGUGUGAUGUCUGAUUCUGUUUGAUGUAUUGUCUGAUGUAUGGUGUCUGAUGUUUGGUGUUUGUUGUCUAAUGUCAGACGUCUGAUGUCUGAUGUCUUUCAGGCAUCUGACCACAGGUGUCUGAUAUAACAUAUGUCAUGUUAUAUAACAUGUGUCAUGUUAUGUUAUAUAACAUAUGUUAUGUUAUAUAACGUAAAAUAUGUUAUGUUGUAUAACAUAUACAACACGUGUUAUAUAACAUAUAUAACAGAUGUCAUGUUAUAUAACAUGUCAUGUCAUAACAUAUGUCAUGUUAUGUUAUAUAACAUGUGUCAUGUUAUGUUAUAUAACAUAUUUUAUGUUAUAUAACCUAUGUCAUGUUAUGUUAUGUUGUAUAACAUGUCAUGUGUUAUAUAACAUAUGUCAUGUUAUAUAACAUGUUAUAUCACAUGUCAUGUCAUGACAUGUCAUAUAACAUGUGUCAUGUUAUGUUAUAUAACAUAUGUUAUGUUAUGUUGUAUAACAUGUCAUGUUUUAUAUAACAUAUGUCAUAACAUGUUAUAACAUGUGUCAUGUUAUGUUAUAUAACAUAUGUCAUGUUAUCUUAUAUAACAUGUGUCAUGUUAUGUUAUAUAACAUAUGUUAUGUUAUGUUGUAUAACAUGUCAUGUUUUAUAUAACAUAUGUCAUAACAUGUUAUAACAUGUGUCAUGU